GCUGUUUUUUAUUAUUGUAAAUAAGAUUAACCGUUGCAUACGCAUUUAGUUUAUAAAAUAUUAAAAUUUAAUAUAUUUUAAUUUCGAUUAUAUAAUGAUGUUAAAUAAAAUAUUAGCACGCAGUACAGUGCAUAAAAUAAAAUGUUUACUACUUUCAACUCAACAACCCAACCAGAACCGGCUAUUUUCGUUUACAGCUCACCGAGCAAAUAAAGAUACAUUUAACAUUGACAAUGAGAAAACACAAAAAUUUCUAGAAAGUAUACGUCUGGAAUUCUACAACUUACGGAGUAAUCCUACUACGCAGACAUUACCACGCCUCAAUCGCUUAGAUGGCGUUGUUUCUGCUCUCGAACAAUAUCGUGUGCUAAAAUCAAAGUUUGCUAGUAAAGAAGACAUUGAUAAUGAAAAGGAUGAAGAAAUGCGACAAUUGUUGAUGGAAGAAAAUGAAGUGUAUGGUGACCUUUUGCGACAAACUGAAGAAGCAUUACUCAAUCAAAUGCUUCUUUUAACUGAAGAUCAAACAUUCAAUUCACUAAUAUUUGAAGUGAAUGCUGGUGCUGGUGGGCAGGAAGCUAUGCUGUUUGCACGUGAGCUUUUUGAUAUGUAUACGAGCUAUUUCGAUUAUAAUGGUUGGACAUUUGAAAUUAUUGAUGAUGGGGAGACUGAUAUUGGUGGUUUGCGGCAUGCUAAUGUCAUUGUAGAGAAUAGAGAUGCUUUUCAUCAGUUGCAAUAUGAAGCUGGUGUGCAUAGGGUACAACGUGUGCCGGCCACCGAGAAAUCGGGACGUAUUCAUACUAGUACAGCUUCGGUAACGGUUAUUCCCCGACCUGAUGAUAUUGAAGUUAAUAUUUCUGAAAAAGAUUUAAAAAUAGAAACGAAACGUGCAAGUGGUGCAGGCGGCCAACAUGUUAACACCACAGAUUCAGCAGUACGCGUUGUGCACUUGCCUACAGGUCUUGCGGUGGAGUGCCAAGCCGAGCGUUCACAAUUGAAAAAUCGUGAACGUGCCUUACAACGUCUACAUGCAAAAUUAGUGCAGCGCGAAUUGGAAAGUAAGGAAGCAAAUGAGAAACGCACUCGAAAAUCACAACAAGGAAAUUUGAAUAGAAAUGAAAAAAUACGUACUUACAAUUUUGUACAAGAUCGUAUUACAGAUCAUCGUAUAACGAAUGGCACAGUACAUAAUUUAAAAGAAUUUCUCGAUGGUGGUGAAGAUUUAGAAAGAUUAAUACAACGCGUAGCUAAUGAGUAUAGAAGAGCUAAAUUAAUAGAUUUAAUUAAUGAUUUUGAAGCUUUACAUGGUGUAACAGAAAAAGACUCUAUGAAGAAGGCAAAUGAAUUAAUAUAAAUGCAUAAAAUCUAAGCGUAUAAUAAUA